CCUAGAAAGGUAAGGGUAUGGAAGCCGCCAUAAUAAUAAUAAUAGAGUGGAAGGAAGGUAAAGCUCUAAAAGGUUAUAAUAAUAGAAUAGUAAACCAUGGCCUGGACUAACAAUAGAACCUGAGGAUCUGAGAGCCUUGGGAAUCUAGAACAUCCGAGGAGUAGAGUCAAGGACCCUCCCUGGUGUCCCUUCUGGGUGGUGUGGGGGACAUGUGUGGGGGGAUGGGUAUCCCUUCGGUAGAAAUGGGGAAACUGAGGCCAGCAGAGUGGUCACGGUGGCCUGACUGUCCCCGGUUUCCGCCGGCCAGCCGCCAAGGCGCCAGGUGGGGAGCGAGGCUCUGUGAUCACAUUUCGUUCCCCUAAUGAGCAGACCAACCGGAGCUGACUGGUCCCCACGGGGCUGACAGGGGAGCAGGAGCCUUCAGAGGAGGGAAGUGGGGAGUGAGAGAGGUGACCUGGAGGCUUCUAGGACAAGGCUGGUACCGCAGAGUCAGCUCUGAACUGUGAAGCAGGGCCACCUCAUCUCAACUGCUCAGCCCCCAUCAGGACCAAGCUGGAGCCCCUCCCAUGUCCCCGUUAAACUUCCUGUAUUGGUAACCCUGUGCUGACAGAGCCGUUACUCACCACCUUCCUGUUUCUUUAAAACCCUUCCACAUUCCCCAGACUAAGUCCUCCCUAUCUUUCAUCCCUCAUAGGACACCCCCUUUUUUUGUAGUCUUCUCCUCUUUGGUUACCUCCCUUAUUUCCUUAUUUCUUUACUGGGUUCCUAGGAGGUGUCAGCACCCCUAUCCAUCUGGCCUGGUCUUCUCCACUCCCAAACUGUGGGCUGCCCUAUCUCAAUACUAUCCCAUACAUUUCCUGCGUCUUCUUGGACAUUUCACCUCACUGUUACUUCAGCAUAGCCAUGCUUACUUUCUACAUCCUCCACAAAUCUCUGUCUCUCACCACUGCCCACUGAUGCCUUCAUCUCUCCCGUAUAAACACUCCCCUUGGUCAAUCGUGUGUUACCCCAGCACUCUCCCAUUUAAGCUCUGGUUGGGUCUAUAAAACCUCCUUGAUAAAGCUCUUUGUUAAUCCUGCCACCCCCAAACCUCCCUCCUGUCGUAAUUCUAUCCCUUCUCCAACUUUUCCCUCUGAAGCCUCUGUCCUUCCCUGCCUAACCUGGCCCACGAUUCGCAGCCCACCUCAUCCUCUAACCCCGUGAACUGCCCCCCACCAUGUUCCCCUGAGCCUCCAAGGAGGGGGCUCAGGGAGGCCUGAUGGCCUCCCGCCCCCCGUGGCCCCACAGCCCCCGUGGGCCAGGGGAAGCACCCCAAAAGACCCAGUGCCAAGGAUGGGCAACCGCACCUUGGAGGGCUGCCAUGUGGACUCUCGCGUGGACCACCUCUUCCCACCCUCCCUCUACAUCUUCGUCAUUGGUGUGGGGCUGCCCACCAACUGCCUGGCCCUGUGGGCCGCCUACCGCCAGGUGAGGCAACGCAACGAGUUGGGCGUGUACCUGAUGAACCUCAGCAUCGCUGACCUGCUGUACAUCUGCACCCUGCCGCUGUGGGUGGACUACUUCCUGCACCACGACAACUGGAUCCAUGGCCCCGGCUCCUGCAAGCUCUUCGGGUUCAUCUUUUACACCAACAUCUACAUCAGCAUCGCCUUCCUGUGCUGCAUCUCGGUGGACCGGUACCUGGCCGUGGCCCACCCGCUGCGGUUCACCCGCCUGCGCCGUGUCAAGACGGCUGUGGCCGUGAGCUCCGUGGUCUGGGCCACGGAGCUGGGUGCCAACUCGGCACCCCUGUUCCAUGACGAGCUCUUCCGCGACCGUUAUAACCACACCUUCUGCUUCGAGAAGUUCCCCAUGGAGGGCUGGGUGGCCUGGAUGAACCUCUACCGGGUCUUCGUGGGCUUCCUCUUCCCCUGGGCCCUCAUGCUGCUGUCCUACCGCGGCAUCCUGCGGGCCGUGCGGGGCAGCGUGUCCACCGAGCGCCAGGAGAAGGUCAAGAUCAAGAGGCUGGCCCUCAGCCUCAUCGCCAUCGUGCUGGUCUGCUUCGCGCCCUACCACGUGCUCCUGCUGUCGCGGAGCGCUGUCUACCUGCGACGCCCCCGGGACUGUGGCUUCGAGGAGCGAGUCUUCUCGGCAUAUCACAGCUCGCUGGCCUUCACCAGCCUCAACUGCGUGGCUGAUCCCAUCCUCUACUGUCUCGUCAACGAGGGCGCCCGCAGUGACGUGGCCAAGGGCCUGCACCACCUGCUCCGCUUUCUGGCCAGCGACAAGCCCCAGGAGAUGGCCAACGCCUCGCUCACGCUGGAGACCCCGCUCACUUCCAAGAGGAACAGCAUGGCCAAGGCCAUGGCAGCCGGCUGGGGGGCAGCUCUGCCCACCCAAGGGGACCAGGUGCAGCUGAAGAUGCUGCCGCCGGCACAGUGAACCUUGAAUCCUGCAGAGCCCCCACUCCCCCACUCCCUUCCCUUCUGGCCCAGUGUAUGCAAAUUGUAUGUAAAUAAGGCCCUGAUACUAUUCAUAAAAUGUAAGAAAAUAGGAAAACAGUGAGGCUGAUGUGUCACUGAUCAGUCAUCAUCCUCUGCCAUGACCCUCUGACAAUUCAGUAGAACUGUGCCAAGCCCUGUGCUGGGUGGUGCCUGACCCGGCAGUGACAAAUGGCAGCUCUGCCUCUGUCCUCACGGCUCCCCUUCCAAUGGAAGAGACAGAGCUAUCCCGGGAGGGUGAUGCUCCAGAGUGGGCAGGGCUCAGGCAGGGGAGCCCAGGGGCUGGGGGAACCCAAGAGGGUCUCUGGCACAGUCUGGGGGAUGGAAAUGGCUUCCUAGAGGAGGGGACCAAUAGAUUAAGUUUCCAGAAGGUAAAGACAAAGAAGUCAGGAUUAUUUCCAACAAGGGAGUAAAAGUCUGUGAUUCAAGGGGAAAGUGGAAGGAGAAAUUCAUUGAGUAUUAAACAAUCACUUGUGUCUUUGGGAAGCACCUGGUCAUAUAGAGUAGAGAGAGAGCAGGACAGAACAUUUCAGAGUUUGGAGAUAAACAGAUUUCUCCAAGUGAGGCCUGAGGAGGAGGAGGGAGCAUGUCAGAAUCCAAAUAAAAGGCCAUUGGUCAACUGUCUGGAGGAGCAGGGAGCAGGAUAGGCUUGGGAACGGGGCUCAGGACAAGAGAAGGGUAUUCAUUCAUUCAAGAGAGAUUUAUUUAUACCUAUGCUGGCUGGUAUAAACAAACAGUGACCAAGACAGCCCAGGCCCCGCCAUCAUGGAGCUCACAGUAAAUGAGUAAAUAAAGAUAAAUAUUAAAUUUGGAAUCGAAGGACUUCCUUGGCAGUCCAGUGGUUAAGACUCCGCACUUCCACUGCAAGGAGCACAGGUUCAAUCCUUAGUUGGUGAACUAAGAUCCCAUAUGCUGUGUGGUGCAGCCAAAAAAAAAAUGGAAUUGGUAAGGAUAAUGGAGCAAAAUAAAGCCAAU